GCCAAGUAUGGGGUGUCUGCCUGUGGUCCCAGCUGCUCGGGAGGCUGAGGUGAGAACAUCACUUGAACCCGCGAGGUCGAGUCUGCAGUGAGCUAGGAUCGCACUACUGCACUCCAGCCUGGGCCACAGAGCAAGAGCCUGUCUCAAAACAAAAACAAAAAAUCCAUGUAUGUUAAUUAAUUUGGCAAAAAUUACAAUGUAGUUUAAAAUUUCCCCAUUCCGAUUCUAUCCUCACCAAGCACGUUCCUUCGCCUGCAGCUUCGGUCUAGAGCCUGAGCAAGCAGAGGUGCGGAUGCCAGGGGCCGGGUGGACUCAGUAGCUAAGCUCCUACUGGAAAACACGCACCUGCUUCUACCGCGAGUGUACACAUGUGCGCGUCUUCCCAAGGGGUCUGGGGACCAGAUUCCAGAUGCCGCCAACGGGAGGGACGGUAAGAGACCGUCGGGGACACAAUCCCGAGCACCGUAGAUGCCGAGGUCCCUGCUGCGCUCCAGUAUGUCAAUAGAGGCUUCAGGACCACGGGGGUCCCUUCAAAUGCCCCGCCAAUCCCAGGCCAAUCACCGCUCAGCUUCUUCCGGGGUCCCGGCCAAUCAUCGGCCGUUGCAUAUUGCGGGUAAAGAGGGAUACGAGACGUUUCCGGCCCAUCCAUCUUUCUUGAAGGCAAUAAGCCUCUCGCCUCUACUUCCCCGUCACCCCGCCUCUCCCACCAGAAAAGCAUCCGAAGCGGUUUUAUUUAAGGGCAAGUGGGACGUUGAGGCCAGAGAAGUCAGAAAGGCGCCAUAUUUGAUACGGUCAAAGAAUGGCGCCCUUAAGAGCAGCCCGUGACAAUUGAACCUAGGUGGUCGCCAUCUUUUCUGAAGGCACCUUCCGGGUCCCUUAACCCGGGUGUCUAUGUCCAAGCGGCCAUCAAGUGAAUAAACACUGAGGAGUUCUGUUUGUCCCUAUUAGAAUCCUGAAUCCCUAGCAGCCGGUUUCUGAUACUUCGGUUGCCUCGGCUGCGUUCGGACGCUACAGCUGGGCGGGGCAGCCCUUCCUGUGGACAAGAACAGCUGAGGCCGGGAGCGGGGAGGCGGCUGCCCCAGGGAGCUGGCGGCCGCCGAUCUGGGCUGCGAGGCCCCAUGGCGCCGCCCCCAGCCCCGCUCCUGGCGCCGAGGCCCGGGGAGACCAGGCCUGGUUGCAGGAAGCCCGGGGCCUUGAGCUUCGCGGACGUGGCCGUGUACUUCUCCCCGGAGGAGUGGGGCUGUCUGCGGCCGGCGCAGAGGGCCCUGUACCGGGACGUGAUGCGAGAGACCUACGGCCACCUGGGCGCGCUCGGAUUCCCAGGCCCCAAACCAGCCCUCAUCUCUUGGAUGGAACAGGAGAGUGAGGCUUGGAGUUCCGCCGCCCAGGAUCCUGAGAAGGGGGAAAGCCUGGGAGGAGCUCGGAGAGGAGAUGCCCCAAACACGAAGGAAGAGGAACCCGAGGAAGGGCCUAGAAGGGCUCCUAUGAAGAGUCCUGAAGUGUUGGUGGGAGGCAACCCUGACGUGGCCUCGGCAUGGGCACAGCCACAGCCACCCACAAGUGCAGCCAGGGACCAGACCACAGGAGCACGGCCCCCGGCGCCCGUGCCCAGCGUGGAUGCUCAGGCCGGCCAGCGGCGCCACGUGUGCACGGACUGUGGCCGCCGCUUCACCUACCCUUCGCUGCUGGUCAGCCACAGGCGCAUGCACUCGGGAGAGCGACCCUUCCCCUGCCCUGAGUGUGGCAUGCGCUUCAAGAGGAAAUUCGCUGUGGAAGCGCACCAGUGGAUCCACCGCUCCUGCUCCGGGGGGCGGCGGGGCCGGAGGCCUGGGAUCCGGGCUGUGCCUCGGGCCCCCGUCCGAGGUGACCGGGACCCGCCUGUGCUCUUCCGGCACUACCCAGACAUCUUUGAGGAGUGUGGCUGAGCGGCACCGCAGACUGACCUUGGCACGAAGGACUGACUGAGCCCUGAGGUGGACUCCUGAGUCCAGGACUCCGGAACUGAAAUUCAUGCCUCAAGGAUCCCUCAAGUUUCCAACUUGUAAAAAGAAAAGUGCCUGUAAGAUUCAAAUAGAUUAAACUUGACACCUCUCUCCCCAGUCUUUUGGUUAA